UCGCCUUCUCACCCCUACACAAGCCUCUUUAGCUAAAAGCAAAAGUGCUGCUGUAUUAUCUGCUGCUGGAAAAGAUCCCUCAGCUGCCUCCAGUACUAUCAGCUCUGCAGUGCAGGCCCCUAGAAUGCCCAUGCGAAGCCGCAGCAUUGACAGACCGAAGUCUCCCAUGGUAGCCGUUUCAACAAGUGCUAUGGGCUCUAUACAGAAGGCAGAGGUAGAUAAGUAUGCAUCUACUCAUGCUGCAAGACGAGCUCCAUCACCAUCUGUAUCAGGCCAUAAGAGAUCACCUUCCCCUGCUGAUGUUAAGCAUCCUCCAUCUCCCUCUGCAUCGAAACCAUCUCAGAGAAGUCGCCCACCUUCACCUAUUUCGUCAAAACAGCAACCAUCAUCUCCCACUUGUGUGUUAAAACCAGCUCUUAAACUUGUGCAACGUCCCUUGAUCACACCAACUGUUUCAAAUAUUACCAAAAAGGGUGGAAUACCUGCAACAGAUAGCAAACUAAAGGAUAUAUGUGAAGAAAAGAGAAAACAUGAAGGCCAAACAUCACCAGCUUCAGAGAAAGAAAAAGUAGCAUCUGCUGGAAAGACCAAAGAAGAGCCCAGUAGUCAAACUGGAGCAGGGACCACAAGUGGUGAAGAAGCUGCUAAAAUUUUGACAGAGAAACGAGAGCUUACUCAAGAACUAAGAGAUCGAGAAGAAUGGGAAAGAUGUCAGAAAGGAGAGGAAAGAAGGAGGAAGCUGAGGCCAAAGCCCCAGGAAGAAGCUGAAAGGCAGAGGCGGGAGCGGGAAAGGAUCAUGGAGCAGAGUAUUCAAGAACGUCUGGAGAGGAAAAAGAGAAUUGAGGAAAUUAUGAGAAGAACCAGAAAGGUUGAACUGAAUUCUGAGCAGAGUGAAGAAAAGUCUAAGAAUGAGGCUAUUGACGGGGAUGCUGCUGAUGAAGUAGAUGGAGGAAAUUUGGAAACAGUGGACCCACUGGCCAAUGUCACUGAGAUUGACUCCCCUGAGAAUGUCAAGACCCCAGAAGGGCUUAGUGCUGAGACGAUUCCCACACUGGCUUACACAGAACAAGCUAAAGCUGCAGCCCAAGAUGAGACUGAAGGACUCGUCACCAAUGCUGAUGAGAUGGCCAGAGAGCCAGAAAAUAGAGGUUGUUUGCCUGUGACUCUGGCAACAGACUCUAGGUCACCUGAGAAUGUCAAGACCCCAGAAGGACUUAGUGCUGAGACCUUUCCCACACUGGCUUACACAGAACAAGCUAAAGCUGCAGCCCAAGAUGAGACUGAAGGACUCAUCACCAAUGGUGAUGAGAUGGCCAGAGAGCCAGAAAAUAGAGAUUGUUUGCCUAUGACUCUGGCAACAGACUCUAGGUCACCUGAGAAUGUCAAGACCCCAGAAGGGCUUAGUGCUGAGACGUUUCCCACACUGGCUUACACGGAACAAGCUAAAGCUGCAGCCCAAGAUGAGACUGAAGGACUCGUCACCAAUGCUGAUGAGAUGGCCAGAGAGCCAGAAAAUAGAGAUUGUUUGCCUGUGACUCUGGCAACAGACUCUAGGUCACCUGAGAAUGUCAAGACCCCAGAAGGGCUUAGUGCUGAGACGUUUCCCACACUGGCUUACACAGAACAAGCUAAAGCUGCAGCCGAAGAUGAGACUGAAGGACUCGUCACCAAUGGUGAUGAGAUGGCCAGAGAGCCAGAAAAUAGAGAUUGUUUGCCUAUGACUCUGGCAACACACUCUGGCCUUUCUGCCAAAGACAUGAUUACUCCAAACUCAGAAAUUAUGGAUACCGAUGAAGCUGAGCACACCUCAAACCUGAAUGGAAAAUCUAGCACAUGGACUUUCGAGGAUUUGAUUGAAGUUGGAGUUCAUGCCAAAUCGAAUGUCAGCAACGCUCCUUCCGAAAGUUGCACUCAGAACUCAAGUAAAGCUGUUACAUUUGCUCCAGGUCCCGAGUUAGCCUUCGAGGAGGAUACAGUGAUGAAUUCCUUGGCCACAUCCGAAGGAAGCAAUUCAGAUCUCUAAACACUCCAAUCCUGGAAGUCACCGGAUUCCAUGUAAAGAUCUUUCUUCAGGAAGCUGCUUCUUACCUUUACCCCAGUUCAACUAUAUUAAAAUCAAACUCCCAAGAGAAGGGGAUGCUUCUCCACCUGCACCUUGAGUACUUUUGGGGAGUUGUCUAGGUCCUUCUUUGUUACAAUGUGACAAGAUUUCCUGGGAAAGUGUUAUUUCUGUUUCCUUUAAUAAUUUCAUUUAAACUGUC